AUGAGAUUCUCUAACCCUAUGGAACUGAAAAAUUGUUUGACUAACUAUGUAGUGAAGAAUGGGUACAAUCUUUAUUAUGAGAAAAAUGAUAGUCAGAGGUUAUUAGUGAGAUGUUCUAAAGAUAGCAAGAAUCCCUCUUGUCCUUUUAGACUGUGGGCUUCUUGGAUGAGUAGUGAAAGGUCUUUCCAGAUUAAGUCCUUAGUUGAUGACCAUAACUGUUCAAGAAUCUUCAAACUUGGUUCCAUUGUAACAUAUAAAUGGAUUGGAAAGCAUUUUAAGAAUAAGCUUUUAAAGAACCCCAAAAUGAGCAUAAGGAAAAUGAAAGCCAAAGUGAGUACAAAGUUUAACUUGAUUUUUAGUGUGACUCAAUGUAGAAAUGCUAGGAGAUAUGCUUUGGAUGAGAUAAAGGGUAGUUUGAUAGAACAUUAUGGUAAAGUAUGGAGUUAUGAUGAAGAGAUAAUGAGGACAAAUCCUGGUUCAACAGUAAAGAUAGAUGUGAAUGCCAUGCCUGAUUCCACCACUUACUUUUCUAAAAUGUAUGUUUGUUUUAAGAGUGUGAAGGAUGGUUGGAUUGCAACAUGUAAGAGGGUAAUAGGGGUAGGUGGUUGUUUUUUAAAGGGUAUAUAUAGAGGCCAAUUGUUAGCAGCUAUGGGCAGGGAUGCAAACCACCACAUUUUCCCUAUUGCAUGGGUUGUGGUGGCAGUAGAAAAUAAGGAAACAUGGAAGUGGUUUCUUAACCUCUUACUGAGUGACAUUAAAAUGAGAAUUAGCCAUGGAUUGACCCUCAUAUCAGACCAACACAAGGGAUUGGUACAGGCUAUCAAAGAAAGAGUUUCAGUAGUAGAGCAUAGACAAUGUGCUAGGCACAUCUAUGCUAACUUCAAGAAAAGAUUCAAAUGUGAACAAUAUAGGAAGUUUUUUGGGCAGCUUCUGCUAGUACUACUCAACCAAAAUUUAAGGGCAUUCUUUGAAGUGGACAAGGCUUGUGAUGCUUAUGAGAAUGGCAUAUCAAAAAGUUUCAACUCUAUUAUUGAUCUUGCUAGGAAGAGACCACUCCUCACCAUGUUGGAAGAGAUUCGGAUUUAUGCAAUGGAAAGGAUAUUUUGGGGAGUUAUAUAUUCUGGGGUACAAAAAUAUGAGGUUAGGAUUGGAAAUGAUGGAUAUGCUAUGGACCUUACCAACAACACAUGUGGAUGUAGAUCUUGGCAAGUAUCAAGUAUCCCAUGUGUGCAUGUAGUGGCAGCCAUUUCAUACCUCAACAGAAAUGCAGAGGAUUAUGUUAUACCAUGGUUCCAUACAACCAUGUUCUUGAUUUGUUACAACCAUACCAUUAAUCCACUUAAUGGUAGUUCCAUGUGGCCUGAAGCUCCCUACAUGAAGCCAUUGCCUCCUCAAAAAAGAAGGUUACCAGGAAGGCCAACCCUUAAAAGGAAAAUGGAUCAAUCUGAGAGGGAAAGCAAGGGGAAAACAAGGCAUACUAUCUCAAAAGUAGGUGCAGUUAAUAGAUGCACUAUUUGUAGAGAAAGGGGCCACAAUAGUUCAACAUGUCCUACUAUACCAGCAGAUGUAGCAUCCACUUCAAGGCCAAAAAACAAGAAACCUAAAAAAUGUAAAAAGGAGAAAGCUCCACAUGUUGAACCAGUUCAAGUAGAUGAUCCACAUCCAAUUACUGAUGCCCUAGUAGAUGAUCCUGUUAAUGAUGUCUCUGCCCAACCGGUUGCAACUAGGCAGAGGAUACGAAAAUACUCAGAAAGAAUUACAAAGAUAGGGUUGAGGAGGAAGGUUUUGAAGAAAGAAGGAAGCACUGAUCACCACCCAAUGGUGUUGGAAUGA